AUGAUUUCUCCGGUUUCCCCUCCACUCGGUACCACCCAGUAUCCCCAUACCGACCUGAAGAAAUGGAAACACAUGUUGCAAGACGAGAUUGCCCAGAACGGUGUCGACAAUAAUGACAUUUGCGAUAUCUGUCCCUGCACCGGCGCACAGGAGGCACUUGUGGCUCUCUCAGUCGCCAACCCCAGGACCUAUGUUGCUCGCUACGUCUACAGUCUGACACCUAAUACCGACGUCACACGCUUUCAUCGCGCAAUCGAGACAGUAGUGCUAGCCCAUACAAUUCUUCGGACUCGAGUGAUCCAAACUAGUCGCCUUGGCAGCGUUCAAAUCAUUACGCGAAAAGUAAUACCCAUCACGAAAGCCAAUUCGCUCAAACAGUAUCUCGAAGAAGACUUGGAACGUGGGAUGAGCCCUGGGUCACCGUACUUGAGGCUGGCUCUGAUCAACCCACCUGCUGGAUCAAACACCUAUUUUGUCGUGACAUUGCAUCAUGCCCUGUAUGAUGACUGGUCAUUAAACCAAGUACUUCAUGAGAUCGAGUGUGCCUACCGCGGAGACACCAUUCCGCCUCGGUGCUUUUCCGAUUUUACGGUAUACGCCUUGGAAGCCAGCCAGUCCGAAGGAACGCUCGCAUACUGGUCAAGCGUCUUGACAGGAGCACAGCAAUGCGCCUUUCCGCCUUUGCCCAGCGGCUCAUAUAAGCCCGUGGCCAAGGGGUUUAUGGCGCAGACAGCCGAAUUGGAUUGGAUGGUGCAGCUGCCCGAGAGCAUGCAGACUGCAAUGGUGGAGCUAGCUUGGGCAAUACUGCUUGCUAGAUACACGGACUCGACGGACACGACCUUUGGCGUGACUUUCACUGGACGUAGAGCGCUGUUUCCUGGCGUGGAUCACAUGUCCGGACCCACGAUUGCCACCGUUCCACGGCGUGUGCAAAUGGGCCCCAAUGAGGAAAUCCACAGGAUUCUCUCCCGAAUGGAAGCAGAAGAAGUCAAAAUGACCCCAUUCGAGCAAUGCGGGCUGCACAACAUUCGACAGCUAGGAGGAGAUGCGGCGGCCGCUUGCCAAUUUCAGAACCUUCUCGUGAUUCAGGCUCCCGCUCAGCACGAAUAUGAGCGUAUCACCGACAUCAGCAGUGAGCAGAGGAUUCUGGCAAACCAUGCCACCUUCGGAACCUACGCACUGACUUGGGUUUGUGACCUGUUGCGUACUGGAGUGCGCAUCCAAGCCGUCUUCGACGAGGAUGUCUUGUCCAGGCCACAGAUGCGGCGCUUGCAGCGACAAUUUGUCAGUGUGAUCUCGUCGUUCGGCAAGAACAUUGAUAGAGGAUGGCUGGAUGCAGCUUCUGUGUGCCCUGAAGACAUGAGCGAGCUGCGGGAGUGGAAUAGGAUUCCCGUAGCCAAAGCAACUGUAUGUGUGCAUGAUCUCAUUCGUGAGAGAUGCCUUGCGCAGCCCAACGCCCUUGCUGUCUCUGCAUGGGAUGGGGACUUUCAAUACCGCGAGCUGGAUGAUCUUUCCACUCGACUUGCUAUUAAGCUCCGUCUCCUGGGAGUUGUUCCAGGGGACUUUGUACCGCUGUAUUUCUGGAAGUCCCGAUGGACCACGGUUGCCGUUCUCGCUGUAAUGAAGGCUGGAGCAGCGUUCGUGCUUCUGGAUCCCUCUUUGCCGGUAGAUCGCACGAAGGAGAUUGUCCGGCAGAUCGAAGCUUUCAGCGUGCUGACGAGCCCUGAGUUGGCCCCGGCGGCGGCUAGCUUUGCGUCGGUUGCGGUCAUCGUAGGCAAUAACUGUGCAGCCAUCGAUGCUCCUGCCAAGCAUCCCCCAGCGUUCCUUGGCGUCUCCUCGGUUACCCCCUGUGAUCCUGUGUAUGCAGUGUUCACGUCCGGCUCAACUGGAACACCGAAAGGAGUGGUCAUUGAGCAUGGCUCCUUCGCAACCAGCACGCUCGCCUAUAUCCGGGCUGCAGGGAUGGACCAGACCACCCGUGCUUUACAAUUCGCCUCUUACGCCUUCGAUGUCAGCAUUUCCGACACACUGGUGGCCUUGGUUGCAGGGGCAACAUUGUGCGUCCCUUCUGAGGAGGAACGCAAAGGCGACUUGGUGCAGACCAUAUCCAAGUAUCAAAUCACCUGGGCCGACUUCACGCCCUCGCUCAUGCGCCAAUUCCGUCCAGCGCAGAUGCCGACUCUGCGCACCCUCGUCUUGGGUGGUGAGCCUAUGUCCCCCAGCGAUGUGAGCACCUGGUCCCCGUAUGUCCAUCUGAUAAACACAUACGGGCCUGCCGAGUGCUGCGUUCUGGCCACCAUCCAACCAAACGUCACGGUCAGGACAGGCCCUCGCGAUAUUGGAACGGGCAAUGCGGCUAUUUGCUGGGUGGUUGACCCCCAUGAUCAUCGACUCUUGGCACCAGUCGGCGCGAUUGGCGAGCUUGUUCUCGAAGGACCAAUUGUGGGCCGCGGCUAUCUGAAUGGAACAGUACAAACUGCGCAAGUCUUUGUCGAGCCACCGGCAUGGCUGCGCACCUUCCGGCAGGACCUGGGCCAGCCAAUCCCUGCCCACUUGUAUAAAACGGGUGAUCUCGUUCAAUACACAACCCAGGGCUCAUUGCAGUAUGUUGGUCGCAAGGAUCUGCAGGUCAAGCUACGUGGUCAACGCAUCGAGCUCGGUGAGGUGGAGCACCAUGUCCGUAAUACAUUUCCAGACGCCGCCGAUGCCGUUGUAGACAUGGUCAGCCUGGUUGACGGGCAAAUGGAGCCCCAGCUGGUUACAUGGAUUAAGCUGGAAGGCGAUGUGGAUACGUCGGGCCCGCCUCUCCUCCGGCCCAGACCAUCCUGGACGAACGCCAUUCGCACAGCGCGGGAUCGCCUGCGUCAGAUCGUACCAAACUUCAUGAUUCCCUACGUUUUCUUUCCUGUUCAUAGCUUCCCGAGAACGAUGUCCGAUAAGAUCGACCGACGUCGUCUCAAGACAAUAGCAUCUACGUUGACUAGGGAGGAGGUUUCGAGUUAUCAAACGACCUCGCGUGCAAAGAAACCAGUGACAAGUGUUGACGAACUCCGUCUUCAAGAACUGUGGGCCAGAAUUCUUCGAAUCAAGCCAUUGGAAAUUGGUGCAGAAGAUGGAUUUGUUGACUUGGGUGGUGACUCGAUCACGGCCAUGACGACCGUCACGGCCGCUAAGGCUGAGGGCAUUUCUAUCAGGGCGUCGAACUUGCUACAGAAUUGCAGCCUAGAGGAAAUCGCCCAGGAGCUGCAAGGGUCUUCUGUCACAUCAAAAGUGAGCUGGGGAGCAGAAGCUGCGUUGGCGCCAGAUUUAUUUGGUCUUGAGAAGAUAUGUCCCAGGGACACAAACGGUAUGAAGCGCACUGCAACACCAAUGACGGUGAUACUCACGGGGGCUACUGGCUUCCUGGGCAAUGAAAUCCUCCGUUGCCUCAUCGCCAACACCGACAUACAAACCAUCCACUGUGUCGCAGUCCGCGACCCCUCAAGCUCCCAAUUGCCUACAUCAAACGACAAGGUUUUCGUACACCCAGGUGAUCUCACAAAGCCUGGGCUCGGCUUGAACUUCACCUCUAUUCCAGACUGGGUCUCUACAUGCACAACAAUUAUACACUGCGGUGCAGAUGUCUCCUACGCAAAGGACUAUGCAGUUCUUCGUUCGACAAAUGUCUACUCAACUCGCCAAUUAGCCUACUUGGCCAUCACUCAGGGCAUUCCUAUUCACUACAUUUCCACCGUUGCGCUUGCCCAUUUCCCGGGGCUAAAUGACCUCCCCGAAGCAUCCAUCCGUACUCAUACGCCUGAAGCUUGCGGCAGUGGCUAUCUUGCCUCGAAAUGGGUCAGUGAAGUACUCCUGGAAGCUGUGAAUGCCACCUACAACAUUCCAGUCACAAUCUACCGCGCAUCCAGCAUCGUCGGGUCCGGAGCACCAAGCACAGACCUGACAAACGCAGUUCUGCGUUGCUCGCGCGCUAUGAAAUGUGUUCCUGAUCUCGAGUCACAGGGUGGGUUUGUGGAUAUGAUCCGUGUUGAAACGAUAGCUCGCGAUAUUGUUGACACGGUGCUGUCUUCUCGGUCUCGCAAUGCGGCGACGCAUAGAAAAGAGACGCCAGUGACUUAUAUCCACGAGUCUGGCGAGAUUCACUUUCCUAUACAACAGUUGAGAGAGUAUCUCGAGCAGGAAGAAGGAACGCCAAUACGCGAGCAAGAGUUAUCCUCCUGGCUGAGACAAGCCCCCCAGUAUGGCAUGUCUGCCUCAUUAUCGCGAUUCCUGGAUACAGUCGGUCCCAGUGGGUUCGAUAUUUCUCUUCCAUUUGUUGAGAGCCAAUGGACGCGCUUGAGGCAGGACAAGCAGGCGGGCGAACACCACGCGCAUAUGUGA